AUGAAUCAACUUUGUGCUACAAAGGAUGGGUCAAUUGGUGAGUCGGGUAGAUGGGUUGAAGGGAAGUGGGAGUGGGAGUUCAAAUGGAGAAGGGAACCGUUCGAGAGGGAGAGGGGGGCGAUUUCUGCCUUGACUGAUUUUAUCUCUGUUACUGCUCCUUGUACAGGUAAAGCGGAUGGGUGGAAUUGGAAGGCAUCCAAGGAUGGUGAAUACUCAACAAAAUCAGCAUAUAUCACCAUUGCGGCAGCUAGAAACGAGCCACCCUCUUCAAUUGUUCCAACCGAGCUGCUGGAAAGUGUUCUGAAAACGCCAUCUCCUCACAAGGCGAGAGUUAAUGCUUGGCGAUGUUUGAGAAAAAGGUUAGCAACUUGUGAUAACUUAGUUAAGAGGCAUGUCGCGAUGACAGUCGAGGAACUCUUAUGCAACUGCUGCGUGUCCAGAGAAGAAACGACGGAUCAUCUUUUUGUUCUUUGCCCGAAUGUUGAAAAAAUAUGGGAUGAAAUCCAGAAAUGGAUCAGCACUCAUGCUGCGCGGCCUCAGAAUAUUGUCCAGCAUUUUAACUGGUUCACUCAUAUUGGAAGAGAUAAGAAAAGUGGAAAGUUGCUAAAGAUGAUAUAG